AUGAGCUUCCCGCGGCCGCUGCGGCGCUCGGCCAGCCUGAGCCCCGCGCGCAGCCUGCGCCUCGUCGUGCUGGGCCAGGGCGCCGUGGGCAAGACCGCACUAACCGUGAGGUUCAUCACCCGGAGGUUCAUCGGCGACUAUGACCCAACGCUGGAAAUGAUUUACAGGCACGUGGCCGUCAUCGAYGGGGACUCGGUGCACCUGGAGAUCCUGGACACGGCCGGCCAGGAGGAAGACUCGCUGCAGCUGGAGGAGAAGAUCAAGUGGGGCGAGGGCUUCGCCGUGGUCUACUCGGUGACCGACCGCUGCAGCUUCGACGAGGUGCUGCGCCUCUGCUUCCUCGUGCGGCACCUGCAYGGCGGCGCCCGGCGCGCCGGCGAGCACCCGCCCCUCGUCCUCGUGGCCAACAAGAAGGACCUGCAGGGCGACCGCAUGGUGGCCACGGCCGAGGGCGAGAGCCUGGCCAAGGCCCUGGAGCUGCCCUUCCUGGAGAUCUCGGCGCGCGACAGCUUCGAGGAGGCGGCGGGCGUCUUUGUCGCGCUCUGCCGCGAGCUGCGCCGCCAGGGCCGCCUCUCGCCCGGCUCCUGCAAGCGCCGCGCGGCGCCCUCCAAACUCGUGGAGAAGAUCCCCAGGAUGCCGGCGAGCCCGGCCGCGCCGCCCGCCGGCCGCAGCCUCAGCUUCAACUCCUUCCGGGACUACGUGCCCGAGUGAGCGCCGGCCCUUCCCGAGGCGAGCGCGG